CCUCAGGACCUUCAGGAACCUGUUGAGACACCUCAAGUCGAGGAUAGGACGGAGUCCGCCGUCUUUCUUCGUUACCAGAAUGAUGCAGGAGGCCAUACUACUCUUUUGUCUUUCAGGGCUCUUCCUGGGCCACCAUGCCUUGCCUCCUAUCAAAUCCUACUACUACGUGGAUCAGAAGCUGAGCUGGACCGAUGCUCAGCAACACUGCAGGGAGCGGAAUGCAGACCUGGCCACCGUAGACAACGUAACGGACCUCCAGCACCUGCAAGAGUCCAGAACGGGCUUUAAUUACGAGGACGACUUCAUCUGGAUCGGACUUUAUGAUGACCGCACCCGUUGGAAGUGGUCCCUGGGAGAUCAGGACUACAAAUUUGGCCAAAACUAUGGAACGUGGUCUGGUAGUGACCCAGACUUCUGGAAUAACGAAGAGAAUUGUACAGGCACUUCCUCUUCAGGUAGCUGGUUCGAUACGUCGUGCUACAAUCUAAAAGAUGCAGUUUGCUUUGAUGAUGAAGAGUCCAACUACAUUGUGGUCCUAAACACAAUGACUUGGUACGAGGCGUUGCAAUACUGCCGGUCUCACUACACUGACCUGGCCAGUGUGCGCAACGCGUCUGAGAACGGCAAACUCCAUGCCAAACUGGCCGAGGUGGGUGUGACUGGGGCAAAUAUCAGCUGGGUUCUCAAGGACGGACAGGUGUUUCACAAGGACCAGCCCCGCACGAUAUGA